CAGGCAUGGUGCAGGCACAGCACGGCGAGGGCUGCUGGAACGGGAGCGGUGUGAGCACAGUGCGUGCACACAGCAGCACAGAGGCUGGGCCGAAUUCCUGCAGCCCCGACGGCUGCACCUGCGAGCAGGGAACCAAAGCGCUGCGGGAGGAAGGGGAGCAGCGAGCCGAGCAGCUCCGAGUCCCAGCGGGGCCAGCAACGCCAGCGCUGCUCCGCGCUCUGCAAACCCCGGUCGGCGCGGUGAGCCGUGCCCGCCCCGCUCCCUGCUGCCGCUCAGUUUCGCUCUUCUUACCGAUGGAUUUUCUUUUUUUGGGGGAGCUGUAUUUGCUCCUGACAUCUAGCGGCGCCUCUCUGCAGAGCGCUGAGUCACUCGGUGCCCGGUGCACGAGUCGCUGCCCCCGGGCUGCAGCAGCGCGGCUCUGCUUUGUGGGUCGCAGAGGCGGUUGGAUGGAUGGGGUCGGUGCACAGGAAGGAGCCCUGCUGAGCGGUUGGGGCUGCAGCAGCUCCUGUUGUGAAGGAGCCCUGAGGCCGAGCUCAGCCACGCCGAUGCCAUGGAGGGGGCUCUGCCCACGCUCCCCCCAGAGCUGAUAACGCCGGGGCUGAAGAAGUCUCACCCCCCAGCCCCCCACGAAGCAGCCAACACGGCCGUCAUCGCAGUGGUCAUCACGCUGGUGUUCCUCACCCUGCUGACGGUGCUGGUGGUCAUCGUCAUCUACCUGUACAGAAACAAGGGCAGCUACCUCACCUACGAGCAGCCGGUGGCCGAGGAGGAGGCGGCCGUGCAGAUGGAGGAUGAGCCAUCCAAGGAGAAAGAGGAAUAUUUCAUAUAGGGUCCAUCUCACGUCGCCUGAACCUCCUGAGUCCGAUCUCUGGCAGCUUUUCUUUUCUUUUUCUCUGUAAUUUAUUAAUUAAGGCAGAGGAAGGUGAAGGCCAGGCAUGCUGCUGCCUGCCUGCAGCUCCGCACCCCAUCCCCUCCCUAGGGUGAAUUCAAUACAACCCAGUGACAAACGCUCCAAGAAUUGCUGUUGUUCUGCCUUAUCUCGCCACACAAUCGAGCGAUUCUGCUCUGGGUUUAGCAGCAGGGUCAUUAGCAUGGCGGGCUCAUUAGCAUGGCUAAUUGGGAGGCGAAUCACAGAGUCACAGGACGGUGGGGUUGGAAGGGAGCUCCAGGAUCACGGAGCUCCAACCCCCCUGUGCCAUGCAGGGCCACCAACCUCCACAUUUCACAGCAGCCCAGGCUGCCCAGGGCCCCAUCCAGCCUGGCCUUGAACACCUCCAGGGAUGGACGGGGCAUCGCAGCCUCUCUGGGCAGCUGUUCAGCCCCUCACCGCUCUCACAGCACACAACUUCCCUGACAUCCAACCUCCAUCUGCCCUCCCUCAACUUCAUUUCCCCUCGUCCUGCUCUCAUCUCCCCUUGCACAGAGCUGCCUCCCCUCCUGGCUGCAGGCUCCCUUCAGGCACUGCAGGCUGCACUCAGCUCACCCCCAGCUUCUCUUCUCCAUGCUGAAUGAGCCCAGCUCCCUCAGCCUGGCUUUGCAGGGCGGUGCUGCAGCCCCUGCUCAUCUCCAGCUCCUCUGGACCCUCUCCAACAGCUCCCUGCCUUUCUGUCAGUGUCCCCUCUGUGUCCCCUUCAUUUCUCAUGACACUCUGUCCUUCUCACCCCAAUCUCUGUGUGUGUCCCCACAUCUGUGUCCCCACAUUUCUGUCCCCAUCUCCCCAGCCUGUGGCUCUGUGUCCCCCUCACCCCAAACCUUCUCAGCAUCCCCUGUGACCCCAAUCUCCCCCCAUCACCCCAAGGGUGUCCCCUCCUUUCCCCUGGCACCGUGUCCCCAUCCCCCCAAUCUCCAUGUCCCCUCCUUGUCCCCACAUCUGUCUCCACGUGACCCCACACUCUCUGUGUCCCCUGUUUCGCCAUUUCCCCACGCUGUGGCACUGUGUCCCCAUCCCCCCAAUCUCUUUGUGUGUCCCCACAUCUGCGUCCCCAUCUCCCCAAACUCUCUCGGUGUCCCCUCUGUGUCCCUAUGACCCCAAGCUCUGACAGCAUCCUCCUGUGGCACUGUGUCCCCAUCCCCCCAACCUCCAUGUCCCCACAUCUGUGUCCCUGUGACCCCAAACUCUCUCCGUGUCCCCUCUGUUUCCCCAUUUCCCCACUCUGUGGCUCUGUGUCCCCAUCACUCAGUUCUGGCACUGUCCCCUUUGUGCCCCCAUCACCCCAAACUCUCACAAGAGCAGAGCAGAGGGGGACGAUCGCCUCCCUGUCCCUGCUGCCACCCCUGUGCUGAUGGAGCCCAGGAUCCCAUUUGCUUUCCGAGCUGCAGUCACACACUGCUGGCUCACGUUCAGCUUCUCAUCCCUCGGGACCCCCAGGUCCUUCUGUGCAGGGCUGCUCUCAAGGAUCUCCUUCCAUCUCUAUGGAUGCCUGCCAUUCCUCCGGCCCAAGUGCCAAACUCUGCCCUUGGCCGUGCUGAACCUCAUCAGCUUCACCCUGCCCACCUUCCCAGCCUCUCAAGGUCCCUCUGAACGCCAUUCCUUCCUUCCAGCUGCUCAGCUGGGUGCCGUCAGCAAACCUCCUUCCCAUCACGCCCCAAACUGAAGCCAAAGCAGGAGGAAGUUUGCAAAACUGGCAGCAGAGGGGAAGAGCUUCAGCAGCGCUGCAGCACGGGAUGGCAGGAAGCCACGCAGGUUUUGGGGCUGGGGGGAAGCGAUGCAAACGUUCUCCGGCGUUCAAAUUUUCAAAAUAAGUCUUUAUUCUACUUCUUUUUUUUUUUUUUCUCGUUUCUUCUUUUUUAGUAUAAAAAAAAAAAAAAAACCAAAAAUCCACGAGUUAAGUGCACCACAGUGAAUACAGAGAGAGACAGAACGCGGAUCUUCCUUUAACAGUCGGUCGAUGGUCGAACACAACACAGAGGGACGCGAUUUUACACCCAACCGAAACCUCCUGAUAAAACAGAUCUGAAUGCUGAGCUUUGUUUUGUUUCUUUCUUUCUUUCUUUCAUAAAACAACAACAACAACAAAAAGGAAACAUUGAGGAUCCCUGAAAUGUUUUUCAUCGCCCUACUAUGAGUCCAUCGCACCCCCCGGCUGUUUUGCUGUGUGUGUUCCUAUAGGGACCCACAGCCCAGACGCUGUGACACUGUGUGGGGAUGGGGGGCAGCCCCUGUUUGACAACAGUGGGGGGGGGAGGGGGGUCAGGAGUUGAAAAAGGGGGAAAAAAUGG